UCCUUGGAAACCCUUUGUUUCUCCGACAGGUAACUGCGGCAAACAAAUCCAGCUCAGCAGCUUCCUCACACUGUAGGUGAGUGAAUGUUUCUUAGGUGCGACCAUGUACGGAGCUCCAGUGGAUUUAUCUCACAAACGGAUCUGCUGUCUGGGAGAUACCUGGAUAGAAGAACCCAGAAGUGGUCUGCGACCUUUAAAGAGAAAUUCAGAGAAGAAGUACAAAAGCCGCUCCCUGCGUCUUAAUAAUAACAACAUCUCUGACCUCAGUGACCUCCAGGUGUCUGUGAGCCACUUCCUGGCUGAGCCAUUACAGCUGGCCUGGCUGGACCUUUCAUUCAACAGAAUCACACACAUAGACCAGGUUUUGUGUGAGCUGCGUGAGCUGCGUGUGCUGUAUCUUCACGGCAACAGCCUUUUUAUCCUGUCGGAGGUCGACAGACUGGGAUCGCUGCCGCAUCUGCUCACCAUCACUCUACAUGGAAAUACCAUAGAAGACAACCCAGUUUACAGGAAUCGGGUGAUUGCUGCUCUGCCUCAGUUAAAGACGAUGGACUUCAGUGCCGUGACGCGGCACGAACGAGUCAUGGCAACUGUCUGGCAUCAUGGCCUCAGCCGCAGACAUAGCAAGCCCCCUCCGGAGUGACUGCUGGCUCAGCUCCCCUGCUGUAACCUGUGCUCCACAUCCACUCUUGAAAAACAUUAUAAUAAUAAUUUAUUGUGUACAUGUAACUUCGUGCUUUUCUGUUGAAAUGACCAGUUGAUUCAGUAUAUCCUUAAAUGUUGACUCUCACAUGCAUUUAAAUGAUAUUGUUGCAGACAUGGGUGGUAAGUAGAA